CAUUAUGCAUUAUUUGAAUUCAAAUUCGCCAAUAGGCUUGCAAGCCAGACCCAUGUCAAGUUCAUAUUAUUUGAAUUCAAAUGCGCCAAUAGGCUGGCAAGCCAGACCCACGUCAAGAUGUUGAAAUUAAAUUUACUGCCGCUAGGGGCGACUAACGUGUAUAAAUACGUUGCGAUCUCGGCGGGAGUUUGAGUUGUUCAAAAUGCACAGGCGACUCUCUGAAAUCCGCAGACAGGUGAACGCAAACUUCGAUCGAGCCAUGGAUCGCAGUACCGAGGAGGCCACAGACGGACUUGUGGAUAGGUUUGCACUGUUUCGAAGGGAGGAAGGAGCAGGACCCGCACAAAGCAGCAGGAGGAGAAGACCACGGAGGACACAACUUUUGAUAAAGGUCUCCGUCCUUAAGCAGGACAUUGCGGUGUACCGCUGUACACAAGAAAUCUUAGUCACCUGCACAGUGGUACUGCAGGACACAAUGUCCCGCGAGGAGUUCCUGCACGCCCUCAGGGAUAAAGUGCCGUACAUGCCAGAGGCCUUCGACCUCUGCAGGCUCAUUGGCCGUAGAUUCAUCGUUCUGGUCGAUGUCUGCCCGAGAGACCUUCGGGGACGUGGCAUGAUGGGCCGGUCCAAUCUGUACAUCCGACCAAAGGUACCUCUGCCACCUGCUGGCCAACCCCAACCUGCCGGCCCAGAAACCCUGCACACCCUGCCCGGCCCUUCUCUACCUCCCAGCACUUCUCCACCUCCCAGCCGUUCUCCACCUCCCAGCCGUUCUCCACCUCCCAGCCGUUCUCCACCUGACAGCAUUUCUCCACCUCCCAGCCCAUUGCAGAAAGGACAGUACAGGCUGGUGGGGCAGAUGAUUGCCGUCUGCCUGGUGCAGGGGCAGAUUGCAGAUGCCACACAUGUGGAAGGUGCCAGGGAGGCUAUGGAGGAGGCCACAGACGAGCUCUCCCUCAUGGGCUCCUUCUCCUUUGUGAGGAGCCUCCCGCAGAGGGAUGAGCUGCUGGGGGCAGCCCUCAACUUCCUCACAGAGGGCCGUAUUUUGACUGCUCUGAAUCAAUUCAAAGAAAGGUUGGAGACCUUCGGGAUUCAAGCCCUUUUGAGGUUCCACCCUGAGGAGCUCAAGGGGGUCUUCAUGGACACACCUGAGCCGCUGCUGGCCUCCCGGUUGGAGUCCACAUUCAGCACGUCUUACCUGUCUGAGCCGGGCUCCAAUCGGAGGAGGAAGGAGGCCAGGACCCUUGUAUAUUGGAGGGACUGGCUGAUCGAGGUGGAGGAUGGAGAUACGAGUCUCACCCUGGGGGCGGUUUUGGCAUUUGCCACAGGCCUUCAAAGAAUUCCUGCCGUGGGUUUUCCCAUCGGACCCCGGCUUGAAUUCCUCCAUGAGGAAGAUGGACCGGCCCUUUUCCCCACGGCCAAUACGUGUUCCCUGGUCCUCAGGCUACCGGUUUAUCCGGAGUACACUGGAUUUAAGGAGGCCAUGGAGGAAGGAAUAACCUCCGGUGGGAGUACCUUCGGCGUGGCCUAAUUUGGUGCCCAACCCCGUGGAAGGACGCUUGAAGCGCCCCACACACACACAGGGAAGGACGCUUGGAGUGCCCCCACACACACACACACACACACACACACACAGGGAAGGACGCUUGGAGUGCCCCCACACACACACACAGGGAAGGACGCUUUGAG